GUUUAAGUGAUUUAUUAUAUAGUAGCAUCUGUCCCCGACUUUGUUCCCUGGAAUUUAAGCAUUUCGUUCAGAGAUUAACUAAUUAGUAGUAAAUAUAUAUAUUUAAAUCAUUCAGCCCUAAUAUUUAUCGUCCGUAUAACGUGACUUCAUACAAACACAACUGGAAAUUUAAAAUAAUCAGUGUCUAGUUAAAUUGAAAAACAUUAAGUAGAUUUUGCUGUAUGAAUUACCGUUCUGGUUAAGCAUCCUUAAGCGUAUUUGCUCCUUUAGUGCAUGCCCUUCCUACGAGAAAGUUGCAGAAGUUAUUGUGUACAACGUGGUCUUUGGCAAGUUACGUAACCAAGUUAACUUUAGUUUACCAUUUUUUAGUGAGUCCCUUUAAAUGUUUAAAUAUUAUAAUAAAUCGAAAGCGUAUUUGAGAAUUAAGAGAUUUUUGCAUCCUAUUAGCACUAAAAUGGCGCACCUUAACUCAUGAUUGGUCACGAGCACUACUAAAAUUUUAUUUCAUUGAUGACUCAUUGCAAAUGAUGAAGAUAAGAGUAAUUUAGUGAGAUGGGGUAAAGGUACCGAAAAAACUUGUUAUAUCUGUGGGAAGGCAAUUGAAACUGUUAAGCAUUUGCUGGUGGGAUAUAGGGUACUCCUGGAUAGCGGUCAAUACUCGCGUCGUUACGAUAGAGUUCUGGAAAUCAUACGUGAAGUAAAUCUGAUCUGAAGUGAGUGAAUCUUUCGGUAAACAGAGCAAAAGGGAAAUAAUCACAAAUCAUCGAUCAAUAGGGUUUAUGAAAAAAGGGCUAUAAAAUUAAACGUCAAGCCUUACUCUAUCAUUAAAUCAACUCUAGAUUGGACUGUUAUAAUGUAUACAUAUGAGAGACUAUACAAAAUCCCAGAGGAUGACGUUCCUGCGACGACCUAGAGAUAUUCCUGCGAUGACCUAGAGAUCAGAUAUAUUUAUGUAUUCGUGAAUAUAAACCGCGUUGUGUUAAUAGAGCUAACGUUUUCUUUGCAGUCAAAAUCCCCAAAGGCCAUGCCAUCAAGGUUAAAAAGUAUUACGAACUCAAUAACGAACGCGCUAGGAAUAGGUUGUUUUACAUUUGUUUGCAGUAGAAGUGGGAGCGAGAGGUAUAACAGUUAUAUCUCUCUACAAUCUACUAAAAAACUUGGGCGUGUCCAGAACCAACAUCAAUUCGUUUUUGUAAUGUACUUCGAAAGUAGCCCUAGAAGGCUUUUUUCAAAUUUGGUUAGGUCGGGAGAGGAGCUUGGACGGUUGAGGCGAGCAUUUAACGCGCGUUAGAUACGGGCCCCUUACGGUGUGGCCAUAGCCACGAGCGGCGUGGAUUGCGGCGUGGUUUGCUACGCGGUAAGCGGUGAGCGGCAACAACAAAUGGUAGACAACCUAUGAAGUAUGCCACAGCUACCGGCGUCUCGGACAGCGGCGAGACCUGCUGCGCGGAUAUAUACGCACCGCACGCGGCGACGACGGGCUGCGCGGUGUGCGAGUGGAACAAAUGUACUAGCGAGUAUCGAGGCGGCCACAGCCCAGAGCGGCGCGCGCGGCGGCAUCGGUGGAUAUAUUCAGGCAUCGCGGGACCAAAACAAAUAAUUUUGUUUCUAAAGCGCGUUCUAGCUGUGAUACACCACCGCAAAUCACCCCGCCCGCUGUGACUCUCGUCUCACCACGCCCUACGCCGCUCUUGACUGUGGUCACUUGGUUACGUUAAUUGGUAAGGUGUGUGAUCAUGUCAAUAGAUAACCAAUAUAAGUGACAGAAGAAGAUUGAGAAUUUCUACCUCCUAGAACGCUAAUGUAUAAAUUCAUUUCACUUGGCUAUUCCUACAUAAGCACAGAGCUUAAAAUUAUUUUCUUUUGCAAGUUUCACUUAAAAAUGAAUCUGGGAAUUUCAGAUUGAUUUCAAGGGGCUAGUUAUGUAGGAAUGAAAAAGGAAUCCAUACAGCCAGCGAUAAAAGACAUCUUGAAAGUAGAGUUAUAAUAAAAAAAAUUGCGGAGAUAUUUGAAGUAAGAAAUAAAAAUAAAAUAAAAAGUUCUUACGUACCCCGCGACCCCAUAUAUGUAAUUAUAUAUGUAUGUAUACAGAAACUUAUAAUAAUUUAUAGACGAAUCAAGUAUACACACAAAUUAAGAACAACACAUGCGGUUUCGUCGACUACUAAGUAAAUUGCUCGUAAAAUAUCGAAAAACCCAUUAUUCACCUAAGAUUAAGAACUUUAAAACAUCUUAUAAAAGACAGGAAUACUACUUAUGGAUAACCUAGUUGUAGUGAUAUUGUUUACAGAUCCAAUACCACACAUGAAAAUACAAUGCCAAUGUAUUCUCGCACUUUGCCAGCAAUUCCACAAAAGUUUACCGUCUGAAGAUAUCUGGACAGAUUCGUGGAAGUACGACUCAAAGGCGCAUUAUAAUACAAACAAUGAUUUUAAACUGGUGAUACCAGAAUUCUGCAAAGAUUUUAACAUAUGUGAGCACAUACCCGAUUAUCCUCAAGAAUUUGUAAACAGUCUUUUACAUAAGCUACUUGAUAAUUUUUUGGACUUGAAUAAAGAUAUGAAACAAUCAGAAAUACCAAUCAGAGAUGAUUUAAUAUUGGAAAGCGAGCAGCUAUGUAAUUCCAAGCAAAAGGUGUUCAUUCCUCAAGCAGCACGUAGUAAGAGCAACGCGUGGCAUUUGAUUUUAUCUUCAACUUCGUAUCCUCAAACCUUUAUUGGAGAAGUGUGCAGGUCAAAUGUUAACAACACAUCAAACUGUUCGAAAGCCAUAGUUUUAUUGAACUAUUACGGAAAAUGCGUUCAAAAAUAUAUUCAAAGAAAAAUGAUAGCUUUAAAUGAAGAUAUGAAUAAAGUUAUUAAUAUUUUAGUGGAUGUACCGAGUUGUUGUUCCUGUAAUUUGAUUAGAAUUUAAUUGUAAAUGCUAGUUUUGGGAACAAAGUUGUUGAUAAGAGUCACGUUUUAUUAAAAUAAUCAAUUACAUGGAA